AUGAAUUGGGACAAAGAAACCGUUGUAAGGUUUUUAGAACUUUACCAAAUGAACCCAUGCAUUUGGGACCCUGGAAACGAGGGGCAUAAAAACCGGCAAAGAGUAAACGACGCGUGGAAUACAAUUAAAGACAAUUUGGGUGUACCAUGUACCCUGCAAGAUUUAAAAAAAAAGAAGGAGUCGCUUAUGUCUGCGUACCGAGGUUACAAAACCAAAAUAAAGAAAAAGCGAACGAUCCGGAUCAGGUGCAUCCGAUGUGUAUCAACCAAGUUGGAUGAAGAACUUACGAUUAAUGAAGAUCAAAACACAGAACAGGGCCCUAUAGAUCAAAAUAUUAGAAGCCAAGAACAACAGGAAUUAAAUUCAAAUGAACAACAGGGUUCAACAGCAAGACCAAUAUUGCAUAGAAGAAGACAAAAUAAUCCACCUGAACUUAUAGAAGCGAAAAAACGAAUGGAUGAAGCAUAUAGUUUUAUGAAGCAACAUUCCCAGCUGCAGCUAAAGGAUGAAGAUGAUGAAUGCUCUACCUUUGGGGUACUUGUGGCUAGAAAGCUACGAAAACUUUCUGAACAACGCCGAGACAUCAUGAUGGCAAAAAUACAUGAGCUAUUUGUCGAUGAACACGUCUACAACUUCAAUUUGCCUAAUUAUUCUUCCAGUCGCCCAAAUUCUGCUGCAACAAUGCUAUCAUACACACCAUCACCACCCCAAAUCAAUAUCGCAUCUCCGUCAGCGGUUGCAAGUUCGCCAAAGGUUGCAUAUCCGACAGAUGUGGCAUCUCUGAAUUCUGCUACCAGUCAACCUAAUUCUGAUGCAACAAUGUUAUCGUAUACACCAUCACCACCGCAAAGCAAUAUCGCAUCUCCUCCACAGGUUGCAUUUCCGACAGAAGUGGAAUAUCUUAAUUGUGUUAACAGUUAUCCAAAUUCUACAAAGGUUUUGUAUACGUCAUCUUCACCGCAAAUGGAUGCUCCUUCUCCUGCAUAUCAUGUUGAAUACUCAGAAUACUCUAAUGAUACUCCUUUGAAUCUACCGAAUCCUACUUCUAGAAUGGUGUCGUAUACACCAUCACCAUCGCAAAUACCUCGAGGGAAAAAUAAUUAA